AUGAGUCGCGAAAUCCCUGGCUACUACUAUGAUUCUGUGAAAAAGAAGUACUUCAAGAUUGAGAAAACACAAACAGCGCCCGCAUCUGUUGCAUGGUCGACAGAUACUGUUAAACGGCGGAAGAUCGAGGAAAAGGCUCAGAAAGUUGCCCAGCGUCGAGCUCACCUGAUACGAAAUCACAUCAAGCGCCACUUCGUUGCCAACGAUGCAGUUACUUCUGCUUUGCUUACUCGAGAAAUCAAUCUCCCGUACGCUUCAGAGCGUGGGCGUGGUAGGUUAGAGGAAGGAGAUCUUGGUGCUGCGGCGUGGGCAAGUGGCUUGGUGUCCAAGGGUGAUAUUCCCCUUGCGCCGAGCUUUGCGCGACAGAGAUAUGCAAAUAUGCCUUGCUUUUAUGUCGCUGGGGAAGACGAGAAGACCGGGUUGGGAGUUGCUUAUGCCACUUUGGAUGAGGAGACUUUGGUAGGGAGCUAUAUCCCUACAGACAAGAAUGACAAAAUUCACUACUCACGGGAAGCGUCCAACUCUAGCAGGGCUCUGUCUUUUCACACCGAGAGGGUCCGAUGUCCCCAGCUGUCAUCCAUCAAGUACCAUCGCCCCUCACAUAAGCUGCUCCUCACCUCCCGCGAACCAGAUCAUAGCUGUGGUAUCUACUUUUUCUCACCACUACUAUCAGAUCCUGAGGAUAAAACUCGCCCACAUUGGCUUCUUGGUGAAACAAACCACUACCAAAGGCUAUCUGUACGCCACGGUCCACAAGACGAGUGGGUCGUUCAUAGCAGUACACCCGCUCCUCCUUCAUCGGAUCUGAUUUGUGUUGUUGGCUCAAAUAGCGGCCUUCUCCAGGUGCGCUCCAAUGAAACCCUCUCAGCUAUCACGCCUGGCGCCACUCCCAAGGGUAUGCAAGUCCCACAAGAGAUAUUUGCGCAGGAUUUUCAAAAGGGCAAUCAUAAUGUUUUGCUUGCGGGUGGAAGGCAAUCCAGGCUUUGGCUAACAGACCUUCGCGCUCCUGAGCCCCAAUGGUCUUUUGCCAAGCACACGAGCUCCAUCUCGCAUAUCAAGAGUGUCAACCCACACCAGAUGUCUUCUGACAACGAGGGCGAAUAUGGGCCAUCACAUAUGUACCCAACACCGGACGAGGCUAUGAAGCCCUAUGCUUUUCCGAUGUAUUGUAGUCAUGUGGAUGACACCGAAGAGGACGAGGCUAUGAAGCCCUAUGCUUUCCCGAUGUAUUGUAGUCAUGUGGAUGACACCGAAGAGGACGAGGCUAUGAAGCCCUAUGCUUUCCCGAUGUACUGUAGUCAUGUGGAUGACAUCGAAGAGGACGAGUCCGAGGAUCUUUUCCUUUACCUAGCCCCGAACGAAGGUGAGGAUGGGGAUGAUGAGCAAGGCGAAGAUUCAUCUUCCGAGAUAUUUAACCUCGAGGCAAUAUUCACACGAAUGGACCAGAUCGAUUUGAACAGAAUCGACGGCAUGCUCCAAGUUGAUCACGAUAAGGAGAUUAGAAGCCUCAUUGGAGAUGAGUUAUCGGACAUCGAAAAAAGUUCGUUAGAAAUAACGAAAGACUGGGUAGAGAACACUCUGAGCUCUCUACCAGUAAACGAAGAAGUUUUGCAAGCCAUCGAGAAAGACGAAGACACUAGAGAGGCCAUUCGCAGGUAUCGAGAUUGGGUGGCGGAGAUCCUCGACUCAAUGGUUCUGCUCGCGCUUGCUUCUGGCGCUCAUCUGAACCUCCCUGUUGAUAUGAGAGGUUGGCUCUUAUUUCUCCGGGCCAACGCUCAACGUGACAGUAGAGAGCGCAUUAUCAAAGUUCUAACCAAUAUCUCCGUUGUAUCUGCAUGCAUACAAUAUGCAUGCGGACAACUUACUUGGGGGCCUGAUAUGUUCGAUGCCGUCCCAAGAAUCAACCUCGAAGACCCUGGAGCGGUUGGUGACGCAGUGACCGCCUAUCUCGCUGUAGGACACAAGUCCGCGAUAGUACAUUACCUUUACUCUGGAAGUGCAACAAACAUUAACGCCAUGCACAAGGAAAUCGGCGAAGAGCUAAGAAUGAUUCAGCAUGCACGCAUCUUGGCGUUGGGCAAGCAAGAAAUUCAACGCCAACGAAGCAUGGGGAAACCCAAUAUCUUCAGAGUGCAUGAGUGCCUCGCAGAUACAGGGGAGGGGGGGUAUUUUUUCAUCCCCCAGAUGAGGCUUCCGGUUGAUAUCAGUCAACCAGGCCAAGCGAUGUCCGCUACAUUGGCUCUCCUCUCGGAAACUAUAAACAUGGUGCUUCUGGGCACACAUUCCAUGGACUCUGUUCCCCGUCGAGGUCGUGCGGUGCAGUUCAUGCUGCAUGCGGACAAGCUUAUGAAGAAAUUUAGGCCUCAGAACUGUCCCGCUCCUCCUUGGAGUGGAACGAACAAGGUCCUGCCAUUAUUGCAAAUGCCGAGGUCCAUCUGGAAUCUUCUUCGUGAGGGUCACCGCCUGGCACCAAGACACGAACUGUUCCAACGUCUAAGGGAGCAUUUCAAAAAAACACAGGACUUGGCACUCUCUGAACAAGAGUGCAAGGACUUCCUCAAAGCAGACAACCGGUCCUUUGCGAGGCAUGAUAUCUGCACCUUGCGGAGAUUGUAUGCAACCGUGUUGAACGAGCUUGGUUUGGCAUACAAGACCGAUUAUCAGGCAUUCUUGUACACGCGCUGCGUCCUUUGGUGUUCGAUCAUUGCAGAGAUUGGCAGCCUGGACUGGGUCAAGGUUUCUGAAGUUGCCCAGAACAUUGCACCUGUUGCUCUGGCAGAGAAAUUUACCAGGGUUAAAUGCAUGGAGCUAUACCAUGACAUUGAAAGUGUCCGCUUCAAUCAGCACGUUCUGUUCCUAGCUGCCUGGGAGAAACUGCGAGAGGGCAUCCCUGACAAAUUUGCUUAUUCGAGAGCAAAGCUCCAGUUUCCCAAGCCCGUCAGGAUCAGAAUUCAAGACGUGUGUAGGCAUGUUCUUUUUGUGUAUAUGACUCAGCAAAAAUGCAUACAUCGUAGCCCUUCCUUGGUGACGUUAACAGCGGCCGAUCACACCAAAGUCGACCACUUGCAAACGCAAGUUUUAUGUCAGCUGAAGGAAGAUGUAAGUCUGUCAAACUCUGUACAGACCCGUGACGGGGCCUGGGAAGACGUUUCGUUCAUUCGGUACAUCGUCCGCGAGCUCAAAGUGGCUCGAAAGGAAGUCCAGCAGGGCAUGUCUCUUGCCGAGGCUGACAGAUGGAGCCACCUGUGUGAUCUUCUGCCCGGAUGGGCACAUUCUUUACCCAGUGCUAACGUAACUGGGAACAUGCUUAUGUCUGAGAUUGAAGUCGAGCACUACUUGGAUCCCAGGCUGCAGGAACCCCAGCCAACAGACAUAGUGCCUGUGGCAAGGCAAGAUUUUAUGCGACGCAUGCAGUCAUUGCAAGAGAAGCAAGUCGAGCCAGAUCGACUCUCAGGUGCACGUAAUCGAGUUGGACCAAAGGGUUCGGGUCUGGGCUCGAGGUCGGGCGACGAGCCCUUCGACUUGUGCGAUGAUAAUGGAACGCCUUUGAGCAUGAAGGUGUUCACGAUCCAGCGAGAGCGCAAAAGAAAAACUGUCAAAACGCAAGAAUCAAAACCAGCACCGGCAGCGGUACCGGCAGCUUCGGGAGUUUGUGAUCAUUGCGGCACGGUUUGGAAAGAUUUGCCGACUCAUAUGCCUUACUGUUUACGGAGGUGUGAAUCAUGCGAGAAGGACCAGCGACCAUGUGUGAGGCAUCCAGAAGAUCCCCUCAAAUGUCUGCAUUGCAAGUCUAAGGGUACAAAGUGUUCGAACUCACCUCAAACCAUGUAG